AUGCUAAAAUUUCGAGUUGGUACGUGCCACAGAACUCUCAGAUGCUUUUCCCUGUAUUCACCCUCAUGGAUCAACUGUAAUUCAUGCGGUAUUGAAUUGCAAAAUAAGAACCCUAAUAAGGUUGGUUUCUACCUAGAACCAAAAGCAGCGGUUAUGAACAAAGCAGCAUCAAUAGAAGACAUCAAAUAUCUUUUAUUUAGCCAGCACAUUCAGAAAUUUAAAGAAACCGAUGAUGCGAUACUGAAGGAGGAGGAUAAGAUAGCAAUAACUCAACCGUUGACUUGUAAGAGAUGCAAUGAUGCCAUUCAUCAAAAUAUCUACGAUAACGAAGAGUUUAAGAGAAUUUCCUUUUUCGAUUUGGUUGAAAAUGUUCCUCGAGAAAGUAAUGUGAUGCAUUGUAUACCAUUUCCUGAGUUCCCAUUCCAUUUAGAAAAAAGAGUUCUUUCAAAUAAACACUAUAAUACAUCAUUACUUCUAACAAAAAGUGACCAAGUGAUGAAACAUAAAUCAACCCUCACCAAAGAACUGCCUGCAUUUUUAAAAGAUUUUAUGAAAUUCCAUAUAGGAAUACAAUCUAAUAAGACUAUUGCUGUAUCUGCAUUAAAGGGCUGGAACCUUGACACGUUGUACGCAUUCUUAAAGGGGAAAACAUAUCUUCUGGGGAAUACAAAUGUAGGAAAAUCAACUUUAAUAAAUGCAUUGCUUAAGAAGUAUCUUGGAGUUAAGUUGUAUCUGGAUAAGAAGGGAAAAAUCAUACCGAAAGAUGUAUUAGCAGAACAAUCUAUGAAUACAAAGGCGUUCCUAAAAAAUCAAUCGGCAGGGGUAUCAUAUAUCCCAAACAUGACAAGAAAUAUUCAACCAUAUCAAAUUGGAGAGAAACUGUUAUUUGAUCUUCCUGGGUAUACAUCGAACAUGAAGGAAGUAUAUCUGGAAAAAAUUAUCAAAAAAGAUUGGCUUGAACAAAUCAGAAAGACAGAAUUAUAUUCAGAUCGCUUUGUGAAGAAGCAGUCUUACACUACUUUGAAGGGAACUGAAAACGGGGCAUGUUAUUCAAUCGGAGGUAUAUUUUUUUUGGUUCCACCAGAUGGAACUAUAAACCAAAUUGUCAAAUAUAUUCCUGGGAAGGAAUCGUCCUAUAGAAACAUAGAUAAGGCGUUAAAAAUAUUUCAAGCUAUUCACCACCAGAAAGAUGGCGAAAAACAUCCCUGGGACCAAUAUUGUGGUAUCCAUACUGAAAUCUGCGAUAAGGAAAAUUAUGUUAGGCAUGUUAUUCCACCAUUUCAAGGCAGUAUUGAAAUUGUCUUAAAGAACAUAGGUUACAUUCUAGUGAGGACCACAGGUAAAUAUGAGUUUAAAGGACUUCAUGAGAUAUGGGUUCCACGAGGCAUUGAUGUAUGCAUCAGAGAACCACUAGAGUUACUAGUCAAGAGAGGAUACGAAUCUUUUUUAAAUUCAAAAAAGAUGAUUCCCGUUUGCCCAAAGGACAGGGAUAUAGUCAGUUUUACAUAUCCCAUGAGCCACACUGAGGUGGAUGUUCUUGCAAAGAUGGAGGAGAUGUAUACCCAGCGCACGAAGAAACAUACGAAGGAGAGUGCUAGAGAGUUAUUAAGCACUGUUCACGAUGAUCGUAUGAACCUCUUUUGGCACUAUCAAUGGUGA